UGUCCGCGCAGCCAUGGACGGGGACGGCGCGUACGAGCCGGGCUUCGUGGGGAUCCGCUUCUGCCAGGAAUGUAACAACAUGCUGUACCCCAAGGAGGACAAGGAGAACCGGAUCCUGCUCUACGCUUGCAGGAACUGUGAUUACCAGCAGGAGGCCGACAACAGCUGCAUCUACGUCAACAAGAUCACGCACGAAGUGGACGAGCUGACCCAAAUCAUCGCUGACGUCUCCCAGGACCCGACCCUGCCCCGAACUGAGGAUCACCCGUGCCAGAAGUGCGGGCACAAGGAGGCCGUGUUCUUCCAGUCCCACAGCGCCCGCGCUGAG